CCCCCCACCUCCCCCAAAAAAAAAGCAUCUCCAAAAAAAAAAAAAACAUUGAACAUGCAUCGGCGGCGUGGUCCUCAAUUCUCACCCCUUACAAUGAAAUCCCUAGCUUCGUAAAAUGCUCAGAUGCUACUCCGCUGAUUCGACAGUCUCGAUCGCUCGAAGGUCGAGCUCUAAUGGUUCAUCAUUUUCGUCGGCGGCCCGGUCUCUCAUUCCUUCAUUUUCUUGUACCCGGUUCUUUCCCGCUUCGUGGCGUGUUGUGCGUCGACCCCUGUUCUCUCCUCUCGUUUCGUGGUGUGCGUUGAGUCCGUCGAUCUCGCUCUCUCCGCAGUCUUUUCAUCUCAGUUAAUUUUGAUUCUGGGUGUAUGAUGAAGAAUGUGAUAUGCAUAUUGUGCAUUGUUUUCUUAUGCAAACAUUGGCAACUUGUGAAAGCUAGUAUUACAUACCCACACCGUUCAAGGGCAAGCUCUUGGAAAAAAAGUACUUGUUCGUUGGACAGUGUUUCAAGUAUCAUCAAUUCUGAGUCCGGGGUUUCAUUUUCCAGAAAUUGAAGCCCUAGACAAAUUCUACGUUUUUGGAUUUGAGUAUUCUGGAGCUCAGCAGCAUAGUGUUUGAGGUAUUCAGGAUAAAAAAUUUGACAUGAAAAUGCAAAAUGUCUUAUUUGGUGCAAGACAGAGAACCUUUCAUGGGAUGAUCAAUUUCCUUUGUUCCUUGGUUUUGUUUUUCUUCUUUUACAAUCGGGAAGAUGUUAUUCAUAACCCUAUUCUUAGGCAAUCUUCAUAUUUGGUACACCAUCAGAUGCCUCCAAGAGUGGUGAUUCAUCGGCAAAUGGUUGAAAUUGGCCUUAACUCAUCAAGGUUAGCUGUUGGGCCUCAUCAGAAUAAUAUGACUGUAAAUAGUGCUGAACUUUGUAGCGGAUUAUUCCACCAUGAUGGUUUUUCUAGCACAUGUGAAUACUUAAAGGCGAAUCCACAUUGUAAUUCAGGAGGAAUUUUUGAUCACAUAAGGUUUUUAUAUUGUACAUGUCAAAAUUUUCAAGGGCUGGGCUACCUAGUAUUGGGUAUAUGGCUAGCUGCGUUGUUCUACCUAUUGGGCAACACAGCUGCAGACUUCUUCUGUCCAUCUCUCGAGUUUCUCUCAAGGCUCUUGAAAUUUCCUCCAACUGUUGCUGGGGUUGUGCUCCUUCCACUUGGAAAUGGUGCACCUGAUGUGUUUGCUAGUAUUGCUUCCUUUGUUGGUACAGAUACAGGGGAAGUGGGACUUAAUAGUGUGCUAGGUGGUGCUUUGUUUGUUACCUGUGUUGUUGUUGGAACUGUUUCUCUUUGUGUGUCCAGUAAAGGAAUUCAAAUUGAUAGAAGAUGCUUUAUAAGGGAUGUCAGCUUCUUUCUAUUCACUCUUUUGUCGCUUUUGCUGAUUCUGGUUGUUGGUAAGGUGGGAGCUGGGGCAGCCAUUGCUUUUGUAUCAAUUUACAUUGUUUAUGCAUUUUUUGUUGUUGCAAAUGAGAUAUUUUGGAAACAUUCACGUAGUUUAAAAUUGGAUUCUGUCACACCAAUGCUUCCUGUCCGUGGAGGUAUGUUCUCCCUUGGAUCUGAAGAAGAAUCUUCUGUAUACAGCUCUCUGCUUGACAUAGACACGGACAAUGAUCCUCCCCAUCUCCCUCCUUCCUUGCCACAGUGGAUGUGGUCUUCAAAUGUGGCAAUCUAUUCAAACCAGGCCAAUAAAGUUAAUGUGAUGGAUGAUGAAAGGCCUCCUUGGGGAUGGAGUGAUGGGAGUGAGGAAAACAACAAUCCGACCUUCACUGUAGCAAAACUAUUUUUACUGAUGGAGAUGCCACUGACAAUUCCUAGACGGCUAACAAUUCCCUUGGUCCAUGAGGAAGUUUGGUCAAAAAAAUAUGCUGUGGCUAGUGCUUCACUGGCUCCAAUGCUCCUGGCCAUUUUGUGGAACACUCAAGAUAAUGUGGGUUUUCUGAGUGCUGCACUUUCCUAUAGCAUUGGUGGUGUUCUUGGAUGCGCACUUGGUGUUCUUGCCUAUAAAUACACUUUACCUGAUUAUCCACCGCACAGGUUUUUGAUUGCCUGGGUUCUUGGAGGAUUUGUCAUGAGCAUAGUGUGGUUCUACAUAAUAGCCAAUGAGCUUGUUGCUGUAUUGGUGUCAUUUGGUGUAAUUUUAGGAGUUAAUCCAUCUAUCCUGGGAUUAACUGUAUUAGCAUGGGGUAAUUCAAUGGGGGAUUUAGUGUCAAAUGUUGCAUUGGCAAUAAAUGGAGGAGAUGGAGUUCAGAUUGCUUUAUCUGGAUGCUAUGCAGGGCCUAUGUUCAACACACUUGUUGGUUUGGGGAUCUCAAUGCUGCUGGGGGCCUGGUCGGCGAAACCUGAAUCAUACUUGGUUCCUGAAGACCGAAGCUUAUUUUACACUAUGGGAUUUCUUAUCUCAGCACUGAUCUGGGCCCUGAUUGUUUUACCUCGGAAUGACAUGCACCCUGACAAAAGGCUAGGAGUGGGCCUCAUCACCCUUUAUGUCAUAUUUCUCUCUUUCAGGUUGUCCACUGCUGUGGGGCUCAUACCAGUGGCUGGCUUAGCUUGACAUUUGAGAAGUUGAGAGUUGUGAUCAAACUAAGCAUGGGUUCUGCAUAUCUAUUUAGACCAUAGGUUCAUCUGCUGUAUGGUUUUUAUCUUUCUCAGUGGUGAUUAGACUAGAGAAAUUCCUUAUUCUUAGUUCUACCGGCGAAAAGUUGGUUGUAUAUCUAGACGCCAUUCACGUUAGGUUGAUCUAAUAAUAUAUCGUCUUAUGCUUCUUUUCUGCCA